UUUCGGGACACUGAGGAAUCUGCAGGAUGAAGACAAGGACCAAGAGUGAAGACAUUAGAUUUGAACAGGCUGAGGGCUGGGUGGAAAAGAGAGGCAAAGAUGUGUGACUGAGCUCCUGUUUCCCACCUUGUAGUUUAAAGGAAUGCUGCUCUCAUGGCAGGACCAACCCCACAGGAGCCAUUAAAGACCCAGCAGAAGUGCAUUGCCAUCUUUGCCCUUGUUUGCUGCUUUGCUGUUCUGGUAGCACUGAUCUUCUCAUCUGUGGACAUUUGGGGGGACGAUGAAGAUGGAAUCACCGAGGAAAACUGCAGCAAAGACUGCCACAUUGUACUUGUGGAGAACAUUCCAGACGACCUCUCUUUCUCCAUGGAUGGUAGACCCCACCUUCCUGUCUCUGUUGGCUUUCACACACUGUUGGACCAGGCGAAGCACUCAGUUGAAGUGGUGUCAUCUGCCUGGGACUUAAACUCCUGGGACCAGGAGACUAUCCCAAGCCCUGCAAAACAGGGUCAGCUUUUGUUCCAGAGACUGCUCAGGCUAAAAUCUCGUGGGGUUAAGCUGAAGAUUGCCAGCAGUCUGACAAACUCAACUGAGCUGAAGGCCUUGGCAGCACACAAUGCAGAGGUUCAUUUUGUUAACAUGACAGUUUUUACCAGAGGCGGACUCCAUUCCUCAUUCUGGAUAGUGGAUCGAAAGCACAUUUACAUCGGGAGCGCUGAUAUGGACUGGAGGUCACUCUCCAAGAGGAAAGAACUGGGGGUGGUGGUGUAUAACUGCAGCUGUCUGGCUCUGGACCUCCACCGAGUCUUUUCAUUUUACUGGCAGCUCCACGAAAGGGACUACAUCCCCUCCAUCUGGUCAAAGAGAGUAACUGCUCUCUAUGGAAAGAACAAUGCCCUGCAGCUACAACUUAACUCUACCCCCGCCACCGCUUAUGUGUCUACCUCUCCUGAACUCUUCUGCUCCAAAGAUCGCACCCGAGACGUAGAUGCCAUCUACCAAGUCAUUCAGAGUGCAAAGACAUUUAUCUUCAUAUCAGUGACAGACUACCUCCCUCUGGUAAAAAGGAGUUUCAGAGGAACCUCAGUCACAAGGUAUUGGUCGUCUAUCGAUGAAGUCAUCAGAGAAGCUGUGGUAUUAAGAGGGGUCAAAGUUCGUCUGCUCAUUAGCUUCUGGAAGAAAACUCAUCCACUCACCUUUAAUUUUGUGACCUCCCUCAAGUCACUCUGUGUUCAGCUUUACAAUUGUUCCCUGGAAGUGAGGUUUUUUAGUCACAAGGAGCAGAACGAUGACAUUCAGCUUGGGCUCAACCACAACAAGUACAUGGUGACCGACAAUGCCGUCUACAUUGGGAACCAUGACUGGGUUGGCAGUGAUUUUGCUAUUAAUGCAGGAGUUGGAUUGGUGGUCAAAAUGAACGGCAGUGCUGAAGACAGAGGAGUGACAAUCCUGGAACAUGUCAAAGCUACUUUUGAAAGGGACUGGAGGUCACGCUAUGCUCAGAGCCGACAUGGAGUCAAGGAUCAGCAGGGAAAAUACAGAAACUUGCAACAGGGAAAAGAAUAUAUGGAAACUAAGGAGGAAAAUGAAUGGAACUACCCUUUAUAUUUAUAAGCACAA